GAGAGAGAGAGAGAGAGAGAGAGUCCAAAAAGAGCUCCAAAUUUCCAUGGCGGUUUCCAUCUCCAAACAGAUCUCAUAGAAAUCGAAAAACCCCUCAUCCCCAUUGGGUAUUCGUUAUAAUGCUGUGUUCUUGAGGCGAUUUCAUGGGUGGAACUCUUAGGAACAAUGGGUAGCUUUAGUGAUGAUGAAGAAUGCCCAUAUUUUGAUGCUCAAGAGAUCAAUGCUCCCUCGAUAUCUGAAUUCAAUUGCGAUGGUAUUGAGGCGGCCAUUGAUACUCAUCCCAGAUUCAAAAACUGGGUUGAUGGCAGUUUGGUUUAUGAUGUAUGGAACCAAAGCCCCAAGAGUGUUCAUGAGCGUCGGAGGAAGUUUUUGAAAUGGAUGGAGUUGGGAUUAGAUCAAACUCUUCCUUGUAAUGGGAAUUCUCUGACUCUGUGGAGUGAUUGGAGAGAAGGGGAUGGAGGAAGAUUGAGGGAUAAUUCUUGUGCUGAAUCCUCUGAUUUUGAAGAUGUGUUUUGGUCGGGUCGAUCUUCGAUGUCGUGUUGGUCUAGUGAUGAUUUUGAAUGUUCGGAGAUAACUUCAACGAAUACCAUUAUGUAUAUGGAUGAUGGGAUUAAUGGAGAAUCUAGCACGAAAAAUGGGGAUCGAAGCAGCUCUGUUCGGUUCGCUAUGGCUGAAGAGCUUGAGGAGCUUGAGGAGACUUCGAGUUCCUCACCAUCUUUCCAACAAAUGAUGAGGAUGGAGGCUGAGAGAGCAAACAUUCCGUUGCGUACAGAACAACGAGUCAACAAACGUUGGCUUAAGAAAUUGCGAUCGGCAGCCUGCAUUUUUGAUAAGUCAACAGGAUUGGUGGUUGAUGAUGAUGAUGAUGAUGAUGAUUCAGCUGCAGGGUCGAGAGUUCGGAGGGUGAAGGUUCGACAGUGCAAGAAGCAAUUGAAGGAGCUAUCAGCCCUUUAUAUGGGACAAGAUAUCAAGGCACAUGAAGGUGCUAUCUUGACAAUGAAGUUUAGUCCUAAUGGACAGUAUCUUGCUACCGGUGGUGACGACGGGAUUGUUAAAUUGUGGCAAGUGAUUGAAGACGAGAGAUCUAAUGAAUCUGACAUCCCCGAAAUCGAUCCAUCUUGCAUUUACUUCACGGUGAAUCGUCUCUCGGAGUUGAGACCUUUGCUCGUGGAGAAAGAGAAGAUGGCUAACGCAAUGGUGUUGAGGAAAACAUCGGAAUCGGCUUGUAUAAUAUUUCCACCGAAAGUCUUCAGGAUCUUGGAGAGACCGUUGCACGAGUUCCAUGGACAUACCGGUGAGAUUUUGGAUCUCUCUUGGUCAAAAACCAAUUAUCUUCUGUCAUCAUCAGUCGAUAAAACCGUUCGACUUUGGCGAUUGGGAUCCAAUGAUUGUCUCAGAGUUUUUUCACAUAGUAAUUACGUUACUUGUGUUCAUUUCAAUCCCAUGGAUGAAAAUUACUUUAUCAGUGGUUCAAUAGAUGGAAAGAUCCGUAUUUGGGGAAUUCCUUGUAGUCAAGUUGUUGAUUGGAUUGACAUUAGGGAAAUUGUCACUGCAGUGUCUUAUCAUCCUGAUGGACAGGGAGGAAUUGUUGGCUCCAUAAACGGUACUUGCCGGUUCUUUAAAGUAAUAGGUGAUAAUAACCUCGAAUUAGACGCCACAUUAUGUUUGUCCAGUAAGAAGAAGUCGCCCAGUAAAAAGAUAACGGGGUUUCAGUAUUCUGCAGAAGAUUCAAGCAGAAUAAUGGUGAGCUCUGCUGAUUCUCGAAUCCGAAUUAUUGAAGGGCUAAAUGUGAUCCAGAAGUACAAGGGGCCUUGUAAUACCGGAAACCAGAUGUCUGCAUCGUUUACCUCGGAUGGGAAACAUAUUAUCUCGGCGAGUGGGGAUUCUAAUGUAUAUGUAUGGAACUGCAAUUAUAAGAACGAGUCUGUUAUUUCCCCGGUGAAAAAGAUUAAGUCGUAUGAAUAUUUCUCCGCCAAUGGCACCAUUGCAGUACCGUGGUGCGGUUCGAGAUGUAACACGGAGGAAAGACGUUUUUCUGGCAUGCGGAGGAGUUCUUCUGAAACUUCCCCGCUUCCAUCACCCGCGUUUUUCUCUUUAAGCCAAGAGUUAUUAGAAUCCUUCCCUAAGGGAUCUGCAACAUGGCCCGAGGAAAAGCUCCCAACUUCGAGCCUACCAACGAAACCAUCUAUGAUGCACAAAUCUCGGUAUAAAUUUCUGAAGUUGUCUUGCCAAAAUACAUCGAGUUCUCAUGCAUGGGGUCUGGUCAUCGUGACUGCAGGAUCGGAUGGACGAAUCAGGUCGUUUCACAAUUAUGGGUUGCCUGUACCUGUCUGAAAUUUUAGGAUUUUCCAAAAAACAUGAAGUGAUUUCUUCAGAUUUUGGUGCCUCCUCGCUGAGUAUAAGCUGUGAUGGAAGUCUGAUCUCAUUUUAGAUGAUCAACCAAUGUUAUCACCAGCUACAAUGAACUGAUAGCUGAUACGUUAUUGUUUUUGGGAUUCGUCAAGCAUCUCUAUGGAUUUUCUGAUACUCUAGAUCGUCUCUGUAGAGAAAACGACAUCGAAUCAGCUCGUGACCAAGGUUAGCUUACCUGGAUUGUCCUCUUGUCAAUCAUUCUCUAGACAGUUUAAUCAUAGACUUCGUGAUGCUGUGAUUUGAGUCUUGCUGCUGGUCGGUAAUGAACAUGUGAAAUGAUUCAACACUGAUACGAGAAGUUGUCUCGACGAUACAGGUUACUGCGGGGGCUUGGAGGACCUCUUAUCCUCCUUACCUCUUGUCUUUUGUGCUCUAACAUGGUCAAGGAAAUCAAGAUUGGUGGUCUGAAUUGAUUGAAGGAGAAUUGGUAUCUUGUGGGCCAUUUUGUAUUGCUUCUGCUUCAUAUCGAGACGACGAGAGACAUGAAGAUUUGAGCAUGGGGCAAACAUAGUCGUCGGUCGAUAUCGUCUGAUGAGACUAUACCUGCCACUUUGAAAUGAAAGAAAGAACAAGUUUGUUCUGUUUGCUUGCUGUAUCAUUACAUACACUAACACAAGUCUACAGCAACCCUUUGCUAACAGAGAUUAUAGGUUGUGUUAUUCAUUCAACAUCUUCUUAGAUCUAAGCUAUUUAGCAUCCAUCCUUUGAGUUCAAUCUGUUGUAAAUACAAAGCUCUCUGUGCAGGCUUUGCUUUCAUUUUCCCCUCUCCUGUAAAACAUGUUCUAUAGAAGAAGCUACCAUAAAAUAUAAUAUCAACAAAUCCUUAGACUGUGA